AUGGGCGACGACUCAGUUGAUGGAGUGGGAGACCGCUCAAGCCCCCACGCAUCUCUUUUGUGCAACGUCCCCGUCCGGCCGUUUCCGACGUAUGAUGACCUCGAUCCAUCUUCCUUCCUCACAAAGCACGUGCAUUCCAACACCCCGUUUCUGUUGUCACAAAAAGCAACAGCGUCAUGGCCUGCGAGGCGAAUCUGGGUCAACAGCUCCGGCACUGCCGGCCAUCCCAGUUCCCGUUUCAUCCCCAGCCAUCCCGGACGGGCCGGCGGCGGACCUGGUCCGAGCUUGGUGCGAGGUUUCAACGACGCCGUCUCGGGCUCGAGCUCGAGCACCACCACCACCACCUCCUCCUCCUCCUCCAGCACGGUCUCGAGGCCCAACCUCGCCGCGCUGUCCGCGUAUGCCGACCAGACUGUCCCUGUGGCCAACACAUCCAUGCGCGAGUUUUCCGAGUUUGAACGUGACGAGGUACCGCUGGGGCAAGUGCUUGCAUCCUGGGACAAACACGAGGGGGUGGCGCUCUAUGUCAAAGACUGGCACCUCGUGGCCGAGCUCGAGGCGCGCGGCUCGCCCGGGAGCGAGGUGUACACGCCCCCACCGUGUUUUAGGGAUGACUGGUUGAGCCCGCCGUUCGAUACCGGCGGCUCUGGCUCGCACUCGCGGGACAUGGGCUCGCCACCAACAACGUGCACAUCUACUGCUGAUUUCAGGUUUGUAUACCUCGGCCCUGCAGGAACGUUUACACCGCUCCACCGGGACGUUUAUGGAUCAUACUCUUGGAGUGCCAACAUUGUCGGCCGAAAGGUCUGGUGGCUCUUUCCUCCGGGCGUGGAAAAGGACCUCGUGGACCGGCACGGCAACCUCCUCUUUGACAUCCGCGGUCACCCGAACGCGAGCAAGGGCGUCAAGAUCCUUCAGGAGGAAGGCGAGGUUCUGUUUGUGCCUUCGGGCUGGCACCACCAGGUCGUCAACGUUGACUUUUGUAUUUCCAUCAACCACAACUUCUUCUCCUCUCCCACACUUCCGCGCGUGUACGCCGCGCUGCGUGCAUCCCAAGCUCGAUGCGCAGCCAGCAUAGAUGACGUCAAGGUAGACAUCCGCACACGUUUGGGCGACCAACGGCUUGCGGAUGGGACGCUGGCAUGGGAGGCCGAGUUUGCCGAGGAGGUGGAGGGAUUGCUUGCCCGAGACGCUGGGUGGGGGUGGACUGGAUUCUGGGAGUGUAUCCGCGACAACUUGGCACGACCACCGGCACCGCCCGAGUUCUCUGCCCCGCCCGAGGAGCGCGCGCGCUCCAUUCGCGAGGUCAUGCAGCUGUACAAGGAGUCGCCACAGUGGACCUUGCUCCCCGCCACCCGUGGUCUUGUUAAUCUCGUCGAAACCCUCCUCGAGGCCGGCUCGAGCUGA